AUGACAUUGAAUACGGUCGCAUUGGGUGCCUCCCUUACGCCUACCGUCGUCGCGACCUUGGUCUCUCAUUAUCUGCAUCGAAAAUCCCGUCGCACGAAACCAACCGUCCACAUCUCCUACGACGAGGCAAUCCAGGUCAUUCGUCAAUUUCUCAUCUAUGCUUCCAAACACACCGUCGAGGAUCUUCAGGCGUUCACAGCUCAACGAGUUCCCGCCCCUCAUUGGGUAAAGACAACCAAGGUCCUCAUUCCAGAGAAGUACCUCUCCUCUGCUGCGACCGCUCUUAUCAACCAACUUGGUCCCAAAGGCGUAGCGCGCGUGGGGGGAGAGAAAUGGUGGCAAUGGCGUGGACCGUCGGAGGACCUCAGGGGAGAAUGGAUUGAGAUGAAGUCGGACUACCAUGAGAGGAAACGCACAAACGAUCAUCCGAGCGGGAAGCGCAUCAUGUUGUAUAUUCACGGCGGUGCCUACUUUUUUGGCAGUGUGGAGACCCAUCGGUAUCAAUUGCAGCGUCAUGCUAGAAAGCUCAAGGGUCGAGUAUUUGCACGUUACGCCCGGUCACAGAAAGUAGAAUGGCAGCUAAAACCUACAAUAGCUGAAUAUCGUCUGGCACCGCAGUUUCCCUUUCCUUGCGCCCUACAGGACUGUCUGGCGGCUUAUUUGUUCCUCCUCACCGAACACGAUCCGACAGAGAUCAUCUUUGCGGGAGACUCCGCAGGCGGUGGCAUGAUACUUUCAAUGUUGGUCACCAUACGCGACCAAGGACUGCCUUUGCCCGCCGGAGCGAUCCUAAUCUCUCCCUGGGUUGAUCUUACACAUUCUUUUCCCAGUGUGCUAUUGGAUUGUCCAGGUGACUACAUCCCGCCGAAUGGCUUUCGACAUAAGCCCUCCGCAGCCUGGCCGCCCCCAAACGCGGAUGAAAUUCGGGCGAUCAAGAACGCAAAGCAGAAGUCACCAGAAAGCGCCGUGGAGGAAGCCUUGCCAAAAGAGGACAGCCGGGCUCAAGAGACAGCAGUGAAGGGGUACACAGUCGAGAAGGACGGGUCAGGUCGGACAGAACCUACUCCGCCGGGUGAUCAAAACGCAGUGGAUGACGAGACCAGGAUCAUCGAAAUUCCUAUUGACGGUCAAAAAGUCGAACUCAAGGACCAGAUUCAAAUGUACGCACCGAAUCACCUCAUGUCUCACCCACUCGUCUCUCCGGUACUCCAACCGUCACUUGGCGGUCUACCCCCACUUCAGAUCCUCUCCGGGGGAGGCGAGCGGUUAAGGGAUGAGCAGUUUUACAUUGCUCACAAGGCCGCAAAUCCGACAGCAUAUCCACCCAGUGACAAGACUCUUGACGAGUAUCAUCCCAAACGUGAAAUCUUACACAAAUAUCCUGGCACACACGUUCAGCUCCAGGUUUGGGACGAUCUCUGCCACGUUGCGCCAACCCUAAGUUUCACGCGUCCGGCCAAGUACAUGUUCCGUUCGAUUGCUCAAUUCGGUGCCUGGGCUCUUGCAUGUUCCCAGACUUCUGAGAUUCACAUCCUCGAUGACAAUGAUAUCUCCCCCAUCUCCUCCUCCAGUGAGACAGACGGUCUUGAAGCAGCUGCCAACGGGGACCACAAGGGUAGCUCAAGACCGCCAGUUGCAUUCGUCGGCAGGGCUGGUGAUUCCCUGCCCGCCUUUAGAGAUCGUAUGAUCCGCCAGAGAGUCGACAAGAGAGGACACAUAUAUCCCCUCGAUCCCCCGUCCUCAUAUUCCGUCCUGCAAUUCCCGCGGGAUAAGAUCGGCGUAGCGAACCCGGAGCUGGUCCGGAAGUGGAUGGCGGGCAAGAAAGAGUGGGAUAUCAAAUUUGCCAAGGAUAAGCUGCGAGUGCAGAAGCAACGGAUCGAGGAGUUGGCUCGCGGAUUCCAGGAUUUUGAGGGCGACACUGCUCCUCCUAGCUCCUUGGCGGCAAGGAGAAUGGCUCCCGGUGUCUUGCCUCAAAAGGGCGGAAAGCAUCGGAAGAGCUACCCGAUGACGAUGUGGAGUCGGAUGGCUAGCAAGCAUGACAAGAAGACCCUUGAAAGAGAACAACAGAUGCAGACGGAGGGUCGCUCGAAGCUAACGAGCGUCGAAGCUGGACGAGCAUGGGCGUCCAUGGACAAAACGAGAUCUGGAGAUCGUGUCGAGUCCUUUCCGACUGAGGAGUCAAACAAGGACGCACAGGUCAAUGGAGGGAAAUCACCCGAGGGUCCGCGAAAAGAUGAGGAACCACCUAACGAUGCUGAACAAGAUAGGAACCAAUCUGAAGCCUCUCGUCCGGCAACGUCGAAUUGGGGACAGUCUACUACUCCUAUGAUUGUUUUGCCCGGUUAUGAAAGCAAGCAGUUCAAUGCAGAUAAUGCCAGCACGACGACGUUGCUACAUGCUGCCGGGACCAUCCCCGCUCGAUCCGAAAAGCCCCGGCCUGUCUCCCAGGCCGGUUCCGGGACGAUUCGCAGCGCCAUGACCACCGAGCGAGAAGAUGCCAGUACACUCGAUGAUGCGAGGUCAGUAGCUCUGACAGUGACGACGGCACUGGACAAUGCCAGUACUCGGGCAGUGCUUCAUUCUACUGGAGUAAUCGGCGUGGUCAACGACAAGAACUCGACCAAUGGUUCUGUCGAGACGUUGUCUGCGCCUCGACCAUCCGGGGAUCUGGAGUCUUUCUAUUCGAUCAAUGCGAAUUCUGGGGGCGAUGGUCAUUCUGUCCGUGCUCGUCCAGAUAUGCCUGAUCGGGAAGUGUUCAAGACCGCAGAUGAACAUCUUUGA